AUGGCGAGCGUCAAUAAACCAACAGACGUCAAGCAAAAGGAGGCAGAUGUGAACCGCAAACUUCAGAUAUACGGCAUCAUCAAUGCAUUCCAGAUUGGUAAAGUGCCAUCUAAUGAUCAAAUCGAUGUUGCAUUGAAUAGCUUCCUCGAAUCGAGUGCGUUAUCGAAGCCUUCAGAACGACUUUCCCCGGAUGGACGGGAGCUCGUAGCAGAUGUCAGGGAGGUGGUGACCCAGGCGAAGAAGUUACUUCUAUCAAAGAAUGAAGGUAAUCUCCUCCAGGAUUUUAUUUGGCAAACUCAGCAGUUCGACCCGAAAGCUGUGAGCGUGCCUAACGCUCCUGUCGACAAGGAUACUGUGAAGCAACAUGGCGACAAAGCUCUCGAGGGGCUUCGGACUCUAGGAACCUUAAUCAUUACCAACGGCCAGUUCCGUAAGCUUCUUAACGAUGCCACCAUACUGUUGCGCGAUAUUGCUGGUGAUGCUGCUACCAAUGCCGCAGGCAAAGUGAAACCUUCGAGCGACGACCUUGCCCAAAUUGACCGACCUGCUGAGGACAAUCUUUGGCAUGAGGCCCCCGAUUUCUCCAAGACAAAUGUGAAGGCUCAGUUGCAGAGUGUCUAUAAGAGCAAACCGGGACAAGACGCUCAAGAGGUUGUUGGCUCCGGUGCUCAAGCUGCUCGACAGGCUGAUGGGUCCGCCGGCGAUCGUCUCAAUGCCGCACAAAAUGCGACGAGUAGCGCUGCCGAACAGGCUAAGUCAAAUGUUGACCCCGAGACCCGAGAAUCUGUACAACAGGCAUCUAAACAAUACGGCGCUCGUACUAAGCAAUAUCUAUCCAAGAAAAUGCCAGAGGAGCGCCGCGAUCAGACCAUUUGGCGUCUAAAGAAAAUGGUCGUUGAAUGUCAGCAGCACCCUGACUACAACCAAGCUAUUACCACAAUACUUGAUCUAGCCGAACAGUAUGGUUCCCAUAGCAAGAGCAUCGUCGCUGGGGGUAGUGGAACUGUCAAGGAAACACGAACUCACCUUGCUGCUGCCGAAGCUGAUUUGAAGACUUUGAUUGAACGAUUCGCCAACGGAACUUCCUCUGACGACCUUUGGUCUUCGAUCAACACUAUCUACGAGGAUGCCGAUAAGGAUCCUGAAUUGAAAGACUGGUUCAAGUCUAUUGAUUCAUACAUUCGCAAGUGUCUCCAGGAACAAGGUUAUAUCAUGGAAGAUGCUUCAAAUGAAGAGUGGCGUCGUCUCUAUGAUCGAGGAAACUAUCUUCUCCGUGAGAAGUACAGGAGCCAUACCGACCGUAUUGUUGAUGAGAUCAAGUUUUUGGGCAACCAAUUUGACAAAGACCCCCAGAACAAGGCUUUCGCAGCUUCCCUGGAAAAGCUGUUUAAUGACCUCGGAAAUGACGAGCAAGGAAAGGCGACUUUCAAGCCUCACUUGGUGAAGGAUCUAACUGAGGUCAUCAUCCCGGCUAUCUUUGAAAAGGCUGCAUACAUCCCUAUUCCCCGCAUUGAGUAUUCCGACUCCGAGAUUGACGCUGUUGUGGAGAACCUUGUGUUGGAGAGCGAUAACUUCAUGCCUAAUGUGCUCGAGAUCGCCAGCGACAACUACUGGAGAUUCGGGCGUAAGAAGAUUGCUAGCAAGAACAAGAAUUCUAUCGAUGUCAAGGUCAUGGGCGUCCAGAUGGACCUACGCGAUGUCAGCUUCUACGUCAAACGCAAACAGGGCUUCCCCUCUAUUACGGACUCUGGUGUUGCGAACAUCAAAAUGGGCGGCGAUGGGUUCUGUUUCCGCUUGAAACUAUCUACUGCAGACGAAAAAGACAAACAGCACCUCUUCAAGAUUGACAAGGUCGAUGUGGAUGUCACGCACCUGCAGAUCAAGCUCGUCAAGUCAAAGCAUAAGCUCUUGUUUGGUCUUUUUAAGCCUGUCAUGCUUAAGGUUCUCCGCCCAGUAAUCCAGAAGACAGCCGAGAAGCAGCUUAAGGACCAAUUCAACAAGUUCGACGAGUUGCUGUUCCAAAUCAAGAAGGAGGCCGAUCGUGCGCUUGACGAGGCCCGUGCCGACCCUGGGAAUGCUCCCAACAUCUAUAACCGAUACGUCAAUGCUGCGCAGAAGCAGAUUCUUCAGGGCAAGAAGAAGGCUGAGGCCGUAGCGGCCGAUAAGAAGGUCAACUUAGCUGUUACUAAAGAGGACAGCAUUUUCCCCAACAUCCACCUUCCUGGUGGCAUCAGCUCCAAGGCGACUGAGUACAGGGAACUCGCUCGUAAAGGCGAGCAGUGGGAGAGCCCCGUAUUCUCCAUCGGCGCUGCGUCCAAGAGCACCAACAUCCCUGCUGCCCCUGAAGUCGUCCGCAAGUCGCACGCCGUCAACGGAAAUACCGUCACUAACGGCAACCACACUAAUGGGAACUACACUAAUGGCAACUUCAUCAAUGGGCAAACCGUGAAUGGCAAGCAUGUAUCUCCUAAUGGGCCUGUCACCACGACUGGUCCUACUAUUACGAUCUAGGAUGCGUAAAUGGUCUAUGAGGGGACUCCUUAAAGACAUGCCAAUGAGCCAUGAAGGAAACUUGGAGGGAGGUAAUAUGGAUGACGAAGGCGUGCGGGAGGUCCGAUAAUGGUUAUACCCGAAGAUACCCAGGGAUUCAGAAUGACUUCGCUUGGAAAAGCUACGAUGAAGGUAGCACGAUAGUGAUGAUACCUCUUAUUAUUGUUAUUCUGUUUUGGUAUAUCCCCUUUCUUUUGUCGUCGAGGUAUCGGAUAGGUAGCAAUAUGCGUAAU